AUGAUACGAUCAUUUAUAGCGAGCCUCGAAGAUCCCCAGAAACCACUGCUUGGUCCGAGCUAUUGGAUUUUAAAGAAAAUGGGACUAAUUUUGGAAAAAAAUAAUUUAGUUAAAGCCAUGUACAUAAUCAUACAUGAAAUGGUAGCAAUUUUUGUUGUUACCCAAUACAUCGAGCUAUAUGUGAUAAGAUCAGAUCUAGAUGAAGUAUUAACGAAUCUAAAGAUAUCCAUGUUGAGCAUUGUAUGUAUUGCUAAAGCUAAUACAUUUGUAUUUUGGCAAAAAAGUUGGAGAGAAUUAAUUGAAUAUGUCACAGAAGCAGAUAUAUACGAAAGAGAUUACAAUGAUACGCGGAAAGUGAAAAUUUUAAAUUCGUACACUAAUUACUGCCGCCGAGUCAUACAUUUCUAUUGGAUUUUAGUCUUCAUAACAUUUGCGAGCGUAAUAUCAACUCCUUUAAUAAAGUAUUUAUCAUCAGCCACGUAUAGAGAAGCUCUCAUUAAUGGCACUGAGCAUUUUCCCCAUAUUUUUAGUGCAUGGACGCUAUUUGACAAAUAUAGCUUUCCUGGUAACUGGGUUACGGUUAUUAAUCACAUUUUGUUAUGCGCCUAUGGAUCUGGAAUUAUGGCUGCAUAUGACACAACUAUAAUCGUGAUCAUGGUAUUUUUUGGAGGGAAGUUAGAACUGCUACGGGAACGAUGCAGGACAAUCUUCAGUUUCAAAGGCUCAAGUGUAAGUGAUGAGCAGGCGAUCAGAGCAAUACGCGAACUCCAUAACAUACAUGUUGUCUUAAUGAAG